UCUGCUUCCGGGUUGGGGAAGUGGGUGGCUCCUGUUAGCGAACGGUUUCGAGAGAGCGGGAAAUGGCAUCGAAGGCGGAGGCGCCGGCGUCGGCGUCGGCGGCAGCCCCUUCUUCCCCUUCUCCGUCUCUCGACCCGCGGGUGAAGUGCCGUUCGCGGAGCCGGGCGGUUGACUUGCUGGGCUGCUACGAGCCUGUCGUGGGCAAGCUCGGGGCGGGUCAGGCGGUGGAAGCCGAGACCCUCGAACAGGCUCUCGGCGAAGCGCUUUGGAACUUUGAAAGUGCUGUACGAGAAAAUGUCACUAUUAAUGGACAGCCAUGGCAGGAGUCAUCAGAUGCUCUUCAAAAUGAUACAGGCAUCAAACUCCUUGAAGAUCAGCUCGAUGAGUUGAUUGUGGACGUGGCUUCCAAGCGUAAUCAGUAUCCCAGAGAAGUGCAAGUGCAGGUCGUCAGAGCCAUUAAAGCACAGCAGAAACUGUUGGACUGCUGUCAACCUGUUAUGAAUUCUCAAGAGAUAAAAGCAGAAUCUUCCCAAGAUUCUUAUAUGGCAGACUUGAGCCUUUCAACAAAAAUUGCAUCCAGGCACGUUGGAGAUACAUUUAAGACUCUAUCAUCCCUUAUAGAAAGAGCAGAAGGGUUCUCUAAGGCCUUGUCUUUUCAACCAACGUUGGAACUGUGCAAAGUCCGCCAACAGAUUGUUUCUGCCUCAGAAGGGAAAAAGGAGACUAAAACUGAUGUCAAAGACCUCACAUCGCAAGUGGAAGUCAUACCCCCACAAACUGCAGCUAGUAAUUCUGUUCUACUAAAAAUAAAGAGACGGUCAUGUUCCCCACAGAAACGCUAUCCAAUUCAACAAAGAAAAAUUCGUCUUGAUACAUGAAAGGCUUUUCUUGUGGAGGACUGUCACGUGGCUUUCUCUUUUUCUAUUUGAAGUUGUCUACAGCGUGUAAGGAUAGACUAGUUACAAACGCACACUCUGAGAUUUGGAUAACUAAACAGAUCUCAUGUGGUAGCAGUCAAGGUUGUUGCUGCAUCUUCAUGUGUUUAUGCACAUAUUAAAUUUGAGCUUUGACAUUGAAACCUGAGGAGGCUGUAGUUUCACAAUGAUACAUCAAGUUCUUCGACAAUGGAAGCUUGAGUUGCUUCUGAAGAGAAGGAUUUCUAAGUCAUCCAUUCUUCAGAGAAUAGAUGCCCAAUGCUGAGAGCUGUGGAGCAGCAUAACCAAGGUUCUUGCUUAGCUGCCACCAUACCCUGAGGAGCUUCAGAAGAUGUGUAGCAGAUAGCAUCUACAGCUUGAAGGAAGAAAACAAGAAGUCCUGCUACCAACAUUCAACCCUUUGGGUGCAUGUAAAAGAGUUGUCUGGAUUAUGAGAAGAAUUUGCAUGUACGGUGUCCAUAGAAAUGAAAUAUCUGAGGAUGGAGUCUUCCCUAAGCAUUUAGAAACAGACUUGGGAGGGAGGCUGCAGCAUGGAGGGUGGCAGGUGUGCUUGCCUCCUCCAACGCCAUCUGAUUCAUUCUAUAAUUUUUUUUCUCCCAUACUUGAUGUACAAACAUUCAGGAUCCCUAAUGGGAAAAGACUUGGACAGCAGUAAGUGCAAUUUUAGGUAAUUAAGAAUUCUUCUCCUGCCCUCAACAUCUUCAUUCCAAAUCAUUUUUUAGAUGUUUCAAGUAUCAAUGAAUCUAGCAUUGUCCUGACAAGCAGCUGGAAUUAUAUGUAGCUACAUUUGAAAUAGUUAUGGAUAUCUUUGCUGGCAUAGUAUGUCAUUUUAAAAUUAAAACUGGGCUCACAGUGCCUGUCUCGGUCUACUAUUUACCAUGGCUAUCAUCUUUUAAAUACUGUGCUCUUUAAUGACAUUGAUACUUCUGUGUAUCUUAUAAUGUCACCAGUUCCAGAUUAUUAGCCUUGGUACUAGAUUGAAAAUAUUUAUUAGAUUGGUCUAACUCUAGCACACUUGUCACUGAAUUCCGAACUCUGCUGCUUUUCAGUUGAAGUUGCCUUAAAAAAAAUCAUCUUUGUUCUUAUAAAAAAGUGAAGAGAUAGUGACUUCUAGGCUUCCUUUUAGAAUACAUUCAGGUAAUUGUUGGUCCUUUCUUUAGAAACAGUUCAAUGUUUUUUUAAAGCCACUUUCAAACAUACUUAAGUUGUAAGCACCUGCAAAGUGGACGGGUGGGCAAGAGAUGGACUUGCCCAAAAAGCAUAUAUGUAAGAAGAGUUAUAAAAAGGCAGUUCUGUUAUGGGAUUACUGGACUUGCAUUGCUUUGAGACUGGUACUUCCUACUUCUGUGCUUGCUUGCCACAUAAUGCUUGCUGAACUUGUAAAUAUGAAAAUUGCAACAGAUGCACUCUUAAAUCUCCUGUGCUUUCCACUUAAACAACAACAAUAACCCAGCACACACCCUGUAAAGACUGUUUUGAAAUUCUCACAAUUUGGGAACAGCAUUUAUGUUUCGUGACUGUAUGAGUAAAACCUAUUUAUAUCUUUCCAAGCUCAAUGCAUUGUUUUCCUUUUAUAUUAAUUGGAUUUUUAUUGAAAAAAACAUUGUUUUUGAAAAUGAGAAAAGGAUGCUGAGAAAUGAGUUAAUUAUUUUGUGUUUAGUUUUGCUUGGGUAGCCAAUGGCCAUUUUCCCCAUUCUGCUUUUAAAGCAAUAUUUUAAAUAUCCAUCAGUGCAUAAGAUUUGUAUACAAUAUGUACAUUUAUUUUUACUCCUUUGUAAAAUGGAUAUUUCUGUAUAAAAUACAUUUUUCUACAUCAAAA